UCACUGUAUCAUUUCCCACCUGUGAGCCCUCUGUGGCACCUUUGUUAAGAAGACAAGAGGGGGGACGAAAAACAAAGAGAGAUCGACGGCAAUGGGAAAAAAGAAGAAGAGAGAGAGAGCCGAAACCGAGGCAGAGAAUGGAGAAGAGAAGAACGAGCUAGGAAAUGGAGUGGACGCUAAGCUCAUCAAUGGAGACGCAGACGAGAACAAAGAAGAGACAAGGAAGAAAGAAAAGAAGAAUAAGAGACAGAAGGAGAAGAACAACGAGAAGACCAAGGAGAUACCAACAGUCAGCAUCGCUGUAUCUGGCUCCAUCAUCGACAACGCACAGUCGCUCGAACUCGCAACACGAUUGGCUGGUCAGAUAGCUCGAGCUGCUACAAUUUUCCGAGUCGAUGAGGUGAUAGUUUUCGACAAUAAGAGUGUUUCGGUAGAUGAUUCUAGUGUUACAACAGCAGGGGAUGCUGAUGGCAGUGAAAGUGGUGCUCUAUUUCUUGUAAGGAUAUUGCAGUAUCUCGAGACACCUCAGUAUCUAAGACGGAAUCUCUUCCCUCGGCAUAACAGCUUAAAAUUUGUGGGAUUGUUGCCACCUCUUGAUGCUCCACACCAUCUACGCAAGCAUGAAUGGGGUCCUUAUCGUGAAGGUUUAACGUUGAAGGAGAAAGAUAGGGACUCUAUGAAAACACUAGUCGAUGUUGGUCUAAGUAAGAAUGUUGUCAUUGACCAAGAACUUGAAGCUGGAAUUCGGGUAACUGUAGCCAUGGGAAGCAACCGCCAUUUGGAACAAGAUUAUUCACACAAAGUUGUGACAUUGUCCGAGCCUAGGGAAAUGGGAUUUUACUGGGGUUACAAAGUGCGAUAUGCUUCCAAUAUCACCUCUGUGUUUAAGCAAUGCCCAUUUGAGGGUGGAUAUGAUCAUGCAAUCGGAACUUCAGAGCAUGGUCUCAUUGUUAAUUCAUCUGAGCUCACUCUACCUAAAUUCAGGCACUUGUUGAUUGCUUUUGGUGGACUUGCUGGGUUAGAGGAAAGCGUUGAAGAAGACAGUAAUUUAAAGGUAAAAGAUGUGCAUCAGGUUUUUCAUUCAUACCUAAAUACAUGUCCUCAUCAAGGGAGUAGAACCAUCCGAACUGAGGAAGCCAUUUUUAUAUCCCUACAGUACUUUCAGGAACCAAUUAAUCGUGCAGCGCAGAGAUUCGAACGUCAGAAUGUCUAAUCCGUGAUAUUGAGUUCACAGAAUUGAUGAAUCCAAUGACCAUAACCCAGAGUGUACCCUGAUAGACACUGCUUUUUUUUUUUUUUGUUGGGGGGGGGGUGGUGGCGGGGGAGCAGUCAGCUUUGAUCUUCCUCCUCUACACAGACAAACCCAGGAGAACAUGAACAGAAGAAUGGUGGGUUUGCAAUAUUUCUUGGGGAAGUAUCCUGUUUAAGCAAGAUGGGCGCCUUUGUAGGCUGGGUAAUUGCAUUUUUUUCCUACUAGAAUAGGCAUUCCAUUUGGAUAUUUUUGGAACUAUGCACUUUGGGCAUUCAUUAUGAGGCCUGAGUCUUUUUUGUAUUUAGACGUCUGUUGUCCCUUAAUUUUUGGUUUUAUAGAUUUGAACUUGCUAUUCAGUAUUCA